GCGGAGUUGAGGUUGGCGCAAACUGUGUCAAGCUUUGCACUGACCUUUGCACCCGUGCCGUGCUCCAGUUUCAGACAGUGACGUCAGAGCCUGGCGAUUGCGUAAUUAAAAUGCACACAAAGCAUCACCAGCUUUGCAUUUUCUAUUUUGGACAGUCGAAGCGAAAAGCAAAAUAUUUUGGUAGUAAAUGGUAGUGGAAUAAACAUUAGUUCUCAGAACGGAUAAUAUCUUGAUCAGGCUAAUAUUGUGAGAUCAAAAGCUGAAAACAAUCAAGCAUGUCUGGUGAAGAGGAACAAGACACUGCAAGAUUGGAGUAUUCCUCAGCUUUGCCCCUGGGAUAUGUGGAUAUUUUUGUGUUUUCAUCGUUCUUGGGUUUAUUGUUCUAUUGGUUUUUUAUAAGAAAGAGCAAACAGGCGGAAAUUCAGCCAACAGUUGCUGCAAAUGGGUAAAAUAUCUUAUGUUUUCAUUUGUCAUGUAAUAUCUAAUUAAUUCAGUAUAUUAGUGUUGCAAAUAUUGAAAUUAUAUACUAGUGAUGCUUUAUUAAAUAUAAAGUUUGUACAGAGAGGCUUCGAAGAAAUAUCGUGCUGCAAAUGAUUGUCAACUUGCAGCAAAUGAUUGUCAACUUGCGGCUAUCAGAGUAGGAAAGUAAUGUCAUUCUAGAUGUAGUUUUGUAUUUGUUGUAAAAUUGAAACAAUGACAGUCUUUCAUCUCUUGUCAACUAUCAUUCUAAUGCAAUGUUUUGAAAGAAACUUUGUUACUAGCGAAACUGGACGAGUCGUACAGUCAUAUUUCAUAAAUACACUGAUACAUAUGUGCAGUACAUGGCAUAUGUCACAUUAUGAGCCGACGUAACAUUCCAUGUGGGCUGUGAGCUAGAUUGCUGGCAACCUCGCGACUGCUGGUCCCCCAGUGUGGAACGUUUGUAUCACGCGGGGAGAUACUACCAUUUGCAAGCAACUGCAAAAUCCAAACUUUUUUUUGUGUUUGUUUACGUUUCAAACGUGGACAAUGGACACAAUGGUCAAACGUGCAUGUUGACAUGUAACAAUCAAGUCAAUCAAUUAGUUUGAACUGCGAAAUAGUGACGUUUUAAAAAUCUCACCCAUAUGUUUGAACAAUGUGAAAGCAUGUUCAAGACUAGAUAUCCUGCAUUUCACAACCGUCAUGCCAAUAGAAGCGUUCCGAACAAUUUUGAUCAGUUCAUUUCCAUGCGUCAAUCACAGAACAGUUCCUGAAUAAUUUGAAAAGUUUGGCUUAGAAAUUUCCUAAAUUCCUGUGCAGAUAAACCAGUCAUGUUAGAUGUUAUAUAACAACUGACCAAUCACGUUAAAACAUUGCCCAAAACAAAUUUUCUGUUUGACCGUUUGUCAACUGUUAAUUAAUAUGCCUAUAAAUUAAAAUAUUGAAUUUUCAUAUUUUUUUAUUGUGUAUUCAAAACAAAACAACAAAAAUGCUGAGAACUUUGGUGUGUGACGUCAGAGAUUGCAACUAGGUUUAGACUGUGACGUCAGGAAGUUUCCUAUCCAGUUAUUUUACAAUCCAUGAUGAAACAUACAAAUACCGUUACUGCAUUAACAAAGGGAUAAACAGUUUCAAUUAUAAAUGUAAUAACUAUAUUUAUUUAUAGUUUUGAUAUUAUAUUAUAGAUUUGCAAUUUUUAUGCUUUCUAUAUAUUUACUAUUAAAUUUUCAAAAUCUCCCCCGUGCAAUUUCCAAACUUUCCAGUCAGGCUGAUCCCCCCCCCCCCAUUUUGUUCCAGCUUCCCUGCAUUUCCACCAAAAUCCGGUCUUAAUGUCUAACAUAGGUGUAUGUUACUGUUCUUAGGAAUUUUGGUAAAAACAGUAACAGUUUUGUUGACAAAAUGAAAAAAGGGGUAUGUGGUAAACUGUGCAAUGUUACAUUUUAAUAACCCUCCCCCAGAGAGCAUCAUUAACACACAUAUUUCAUCUCUUCUUCCAGCAUAAACAGAUAGCAAUAUUUUACGGCUCACAAACUGGCACAGCAGAAGAGUUUGCUGGACAUUUAGCCAAAGAUGCAGCAAAAUAUGGAAUGAAAGCAUCUAUCUUUGAUCCUGAGGAAUUUGAAAUGGUUUGUAAUGGUUCAUUUUACAUCUAAGAAUUAAAUCUCUACCUUCUAUAUAGACAUAGUAGGACUAUAACAGGAGCAAUUAGAUUUCAGAUUCCUAAGAUAUCUCAAACAUAGGGGUCCAAUGUGGGCAAGUGUACUAUAACUAGCCUGCACGGCAGGUGUUUUGCCACACAGGCUAUAUACUAUAACCUGUCGUGGUUUGUGUCUGAACUACCUGAAAAAAGAUGUCUCAAACGUGGUGGUCCAGUGUAGAUAGUAUUCUACUAUAACCUGCCGUGGUUUGUGUCUGAACUACCUGAAAAAGAUAUCUCAAACAUGGUGAUCCAGUGUAGGUAGUGCUCAGUGGCAGACACUUUAUGAAAUAUUGAGGGGCUCGUGGGCAUGCCCCCCAGAAAAGUUUUAAAAUUUGGACCCCGGAAAUGGCUUUUGCAGCAUUCUGAGAACACAUUUUGCAAAAAACUAGGUUUUCAAUGGUAUUAAAUUACAAUGUUUUAAUUAAUUGUAUUGUAUGACAAUUGCAUUAUAUGAGUGUGAUUUGUGUUAUUUGGUAUAAGAUUUUUACAGUCUUUCAAAAUUAGGGGGGGGGGGGCUCAACCCCCUAGUGUCUGUCACUGGUAAUGUUCUACAGUAAGCUGUUGUGAUUUGUGUCUGAACCAGCCGAAAAAGAUAUCUCAAACGUGGUGGUCCAGUGUAGGUAGUAUUCUACCUGAAAAAGAUAUCUCAAAUGUAGUAAUCUAGUGUAGGUAGUAUUCUACAAUAAGCUGUCGUGGUUUGUGUCUGAACUACCUGUAAAAGAUAUCUCAAAUGUAGUGAUCCAGUGUAGGUAGUAUUCUACAAUAAGCUGUUGUGGUUUGUGUCUGAACUACCUGCAAAAGAUAUCUUAAACAUGGUGGUCCAGUGUAGGUAGUAUUCUACAAUAAGCUGCCGUAGUUUGUGUCUGAACUACCUGCAAAAAGUCAUCUCAAACGUGGUGGUCCAGUGUAGGUAGUAUUCUACAAUAAGCUGCCGUAGUUUGUGUUUGAACUACCCUGCAAGAAGUGUGUCUUAAACUUUUCAGGAACACCUCUCUCGAAUGGAAGAAAUAGAAAAUUCUUUUGCCAUAUUUGUCGUGGCUACUUACGGUGAAGGAGAUCCUACAGACAAUAUUCGGGAAUUCCAUGAAUGGCUUGAAGACGACCAAGAAGGUCUCGAAUGUUUGAAAUACGUUGUAGGUGAACUUUUUAAAAGAAUAUCAUUUGGUUAUAUGAGUACUGAUAUUUAUAAUCUUAUUAACAAAAUCAUGGAAAUUUGCUAUAAAAUGCUUUCAGGUUUUUGGUCUGGGCAAUAAGACCUAUGAAAAUUACAAUACAAUGGGGAGAUUUUUUGAUAAACGUCUGAGUGAGCUUGGCUGUACAAGAUUGUUUGAGCGAGGAGAAGGUGAUGAUGAUGGCGAGUGAGUAUAGUUCUCAAUAUCUAACCAUACUUGAUCAUCAUGCAUCAUGUCGAUCAUAUUUUACGCAUCUUUGCGUUCAGUUGGUGCUGAGGCGUUCGGAUUCUGGAUUACUAAAUGACCCUCAUCGAGCGGCGCCCAAGGGAAUUUUACUAAACGACCCUCAUCGGGCGGGAUGUUUUAAUAGCUAAUUCGCCUCUUUUUAUGCUAUUACUUAUAAUAAUAUUCCAAAGUUUCGUUGCGAAAUGUUGUAAAAUGCGGAUAAUAUAGCCUUGCAAAGUUUGCCGUUUUUCAGUCAUUUUCUAUUUCAAACGGGAAAUUGACAGCCCCAAAGGGUAUUGGGCUGUCAAUUUCCCCCGCGUAAUGCAAAAUGACUGAAAAACGGCAAACUUCGCAAGGCUAUAUUAUCCGCAUUUUACAACAUUUCGCAACGAAACUUUGGAAUAUUACUAAUUUUGUGAUGCUUUUUCAAGCUGUGUUGUCUAAACUUGUACCCUGGUUCCAGAGGUUUAAAAUAAACCUCUGGUUGAAAGCGGCAAUUGAUUCAUCGAGCCGCGCCAAUCAGUUUGAAUUAGGGUCAGAUCCUGACUCUGUCUCCUGAUUGGAUGAUUGUAUUAAAGCUCUCCGAUUGGUUAUAUAUGUUUUAUUUGAAUCAAUCAGAGAGCUUUAAUACAAUCAUCCAAUCAGGAGACAGAGUCAGGGUCUGACCCUAAUUCAAACUGAUUGGCACGGGUCGAUGAAUCAAUUGCCGCUUUCAACCAGAGGUUUAUUUUUUCUCUCCCCUUCGCAAUGAAAAUAAUAAAAAUAAACCUCUGGAACUGAGGGUACUAAACUUGUUGAGACCAAAAUUUAGUCAAAAAUGCAAAUGGCCCAUUCUGCAUAAAAAGUCCUUUACGAUCUCAAUAUUUAUUAAGCAUUGUUAUCACCUUUCUCUAAACUUUCUAUAUGGAUUCCCUUCUCUUUAUGGAAAUAAUAAUUGAUGCUUCAUUUCUCUAGUAUCGAGAAUGAUUUUCUAACGUGGAAGGAAAAAAUGUGGCCUGCAAUUCUGGAUUAUUAUGGCAUCGAUUUAGCGAAUCUAACGUAUGUUCUCUUUUUUCUUGUCUUGCAUGAGUAUAUGUACACAGGGCCUAUCAGAGGGGGAAAUUUGCCCCGGGCCCCCAGUGUAAGACGGGCCCCCAGUGUAAGAGGGACCCCCAAAUUUGGAAAAUAAAAAAAAAUUGGGACGUUUUUUGAAAAAUUAAUGGGUUGGGAAAAAUUUUUCUAAACCUAAAGCUUCGGAUACACGAGCAAUAUUUUUGCUGUGAUGGUUACGCAAUGGGUGAUAACAGCAUUGCGUUGCCGUCGCAAAAUGUGGCUACACCUGCAAUAUUUCACCUGCAAUAUAUGUCUUCAUAACGCUUUUCAUUGGCUGGUCAAGAAACGUGUUAUUCAUCAACCUUGACCUUCCUUGACCACACCUCCCUAUUUUCGGCAAUCAUUGCCGAAAAUCAAAUGAUUUGAAAUUUCGGCAACGAUUGCGCGCAGCUUUGCGUUGCCGUCGCAGAGCAACAAGCAAUAGGGAACUUCAGAUUCGCUACGGCUACGAAAUCUGGUACGACUACGAGAUUUUCCCCGUUAAAUAUCUGCUACUACAACUUUUUAUCGUCCUUUUUUUUUUGCAUACCACAUCUUUAUAGCAACAGUUGCGCCAAACCACGUACUAUUAUAACUUUUUGGUAGCUGACAUUUAAUGGAAAAAUCUCGUAGUCGUACUAGAUUUCGUAGCCGUAGCGAACCUAAAGUUCCCUAAUUUCUUUCUCGCGACGGCAAUGCAACGAUUUUACCACCAUUGCAUUGCCAUCGCCAGAAAAGUAUUGCCCGUGUAUCCGUAGCUUAAAUUUUGCAAAUAUUGGUACAAAAAAGGGUUUUACCAAUGUAGUUUAACAAGAAUUUGUCCAGAAAAAAAAUUUUCGAACCUUAACUUAACUGAUGUUAGUCUGGAAAACUUUUUUUGACCCUUCUUUUUUAAUGUGCGGAAAAAAAUUUUUCGCCAACAUUUUUUGGAAAAAAUAGGGCCUCCGAAAAAAGUUUUGCCCCGGGCCCCCGAAUUUCUCUGAUAGGCCCUGUAUGUACGGGACGUCUGGUCAGAACAAGCGCUUUUCACCUAUGAGUUCACAGGUUCGAUUAUCGCUACGGACUCAUGUGGAAAGAGUGAGUCAACGCUCUGCCGAAAGUCGUGGGUUUUCUCCGAGUGCUCCGGGUUCCUCCCACAGAGAAAGUUGACAGGGUGGGUUAGGAUAAACACAGUUAAGAAAGUAAUAUCACAAUUGUUGUAAAAAUAAAAUAGUCUAGGCCUAAGUUGUAAUUAGGUAAAGCAUAUUUGAUCAUAUCUAUACAUGUAAAUUUACGCUAUAUCGCAGGGCUCGAAUUUUAUCGCGGCAAUUGACCAUUUGCGUAAUAGACUAAAUUUUGAUUUAAACAAGUCUAGACAAAAAUUUCAUCACAGCUUGAAAGAGCAUCACAAAAUUAGUAAUAUUCCAAAGUUCCGUUGCGAAAUGUUGUAAAAUGCAGAAAAUAUAGCCUUUCGAAAUUUGCAAUUUUCAGUCAUUUUAGAUUACAAACGGGAAAUUGACAGCCUCGAAGGGUUUGAGGCUGUCAAUUUCCCGUUUGUAAUCUAAAAUGACUGAAAAUUGAAAAUUUCGAAAGGCUAUAUUUUCCGCAUUUUACAACAUUUCGCAACGGAACUUUGGAAUAUUACUAAUUUUGUGAUGCUCUUUCAAGCUGUGAUGAAAUUUUUGUUGAGAUCAAAAUUUAGUCUAUUACGCAAGUGGUCAAUUGCCGUAGAGCGAGAACAAAAUGCCGUGGAUCAUUGCGGCAACGACGGCAAUUUUUUGCCGUAUAUAGUGCAAUUUUUAUUCUAUUCACUGUGCAUUACUAUUUUGAUACUUCAAUUCAGAUGUUCAUCAAAUCAUGCGUAAAUCACUAUUUUAGUCUCAGUUUUGUUCGGAAAAAAAAACACUAAAGAAAUACGUAGACAUGUUUCUAGCUUGUCAAAAAUCCAAAGUAACAAUAAAAUUAAAGUUUAUCACAGUAAUUUGACAAAUGCCGUGGAAACUGCCAAAAUUGCCGUAGACAGCUGUUACGUUAACGCCAUUGCCGUCGAUUGAUUUCAGGGAAAUUCGAGGCCUGCUAUAUCGUAAGUACAAAAAGUUCUGUCAUUUCUCGUAUUAUAUUUGUAAUUUUUAUCUCAAAACAGGUUAUCCCUAGAUCUCAUUCGGCAAUAUGAUCUGAAGAUCCAUACUGAUAUAUCAGAUGAAAAAAUUUUCUUGGGAGAAAUGGCGCGAUUGAAAUCUCUCGUUGAUCAAAAACCGUAAGUUUUAUUAGUACAGUAGUUAUAGUUUGGAAAAUGUUUCAGAACGCGCUCUAAACACAAGUUCAUUGUAUAAAGGUGUGCUUUUUUGUCUCUUGAUCGAUCAGUAUUAAUUGUUCACCAUGAUAAUGUUUAUAGGCCAUACGAUCAGAAGAAUCCAUACAUGGCGCCAAUCUCUGUGAAUCGUGAGUUACACAAAGGAGGAGAUCGAUCAUGUAUGCAUAUUGAGCUAGAUAUUACGGAGUCUAAACUCAGGUAAGAUUUUUCAACUUAAGGCCAAUUUCCACCACACAACUUUUGCCUAAAACUGUCGCAUGCAACCAGCUUACAACUUGAGUUGUGCUGUGUAAAUCAAGCACACAACUCAUCUACGACAACAUAGGAUUGAAUAGGAGUUUGAGAAAGGUAGAUAAUCAACAUUUGUCUUUAGAUACGACGCCGGUGAUCAUGUUGCUAUCUAUCCAACCAAUGAUCCUGAGCUGGUGGAAAAAAUUGGUCAAGUUUUAAACAUCGAUUUAGAUGUCGUCUUCUCUCUUGUCAAUAAAGACGGUAGGUGCACACGACGUUGUUUUCAAUGUUGAAAUGCUUACCAGUCAAAACGUCCCCAGGUCAAAAUGUCCUCAAGUCAAAAUGUCCUCAAGUCAAAAUGUCCUCAUGUCAAAAUAUCCCAACUAAAGUCAAAUCUGUUGGCUAAAUAUCAGAUAUUCUUUCAAUUUUAAAGUAAUUUUAAACUAUUUUCACAUAUAAUAUUUUUGUAUUUCUUCUGAUCUGAUCAACAACGGUACUAUUAAAUAAACAGCGGUACUAUUAAAAUUCUUUGCGAAUAAAUUCAUUGCCAAAUAAACAAUUAAUUCAGAGUUACAUACUGUAAUCCCAUGACCAUGUAUCGCAUAAUUUGGAAACUGUGUAUGUGUUGUAACCCUAUGAACAUGUUUAUUCUUUUAUAAUUUAGUUGCAGUUUAAUUUAUUUGAACACAAGAGUUAGGGUUUUUUGGCCUGGGGACGUUUUGACGGUUAUCUGCAGGUCAACGUUAGUCGUUAUGAAGUGUCUCUGCAUUGGAACAGCCGAUAGGAACAUUACAAAUUCCCUCAAGGGAUUUGUAAAGAGUUUUUCAAAUUUGCAAAGGUCAUUAGGAAAAUUCCAAUUGAGUUAGGAACUUAAAAGAGGAACACUUCACGUAGUUUACCUGCAAUACACUAUCAAAGUUUCUGUGAUCAUGCACAGUAAGAAUUUUGCACAGGUAAAUUCUAAAUGUUUGAGGGAAGUCAUUGUUACACACCCUCAAACAUUUCUUACAAAUCCUUCAAAACGUAGAAUUUACCCAUGCAAAGGACUUUCAUAGAUAGUUUUAGCCAGGUUUAACCACUGUAAACACUGUUGCUUUCAGAGGAAUCUAACAAGAAACACCCAUUCCCCUGUCCUACGACUUACCGUACUGCGUUACUCCAUUACGUGGACAUCACGAGCAGAGCCAAAGGAAAUAUUCUUCAAAGCUUGAUUGAAUACGCUCAGGACAGCAAGGAGAAAGAAUUUCUUGAAAAAUUAACAAAAAAUGAUGACGAGGGCAAGGUCUGUGCUUACUUAUCUUAAACUAGCUAGUUUAUAAACUGUUCUUCCGACAGCUUCGAUAAAGGUUAUCUUUUAUUAGUCCAGUAUUUUUAUGACUGCACAUCUAAAAUAACUAAUAUUAGAUAGCUCUAUCAGUUCUAACUUGUUUUCUCUAGAGGUCCAGCAAGGAUAAUCUCUUAUUGAUCUAGUGUUACUACAGGAGGAAACCUAAACUAACUUUAUUUUUGCUGAAUAGUUCUAUCAGUUCUAAACUGUUCUCUCUCUAGAGGUCCAGCAAGGAUAAUCUUUUAUUAAUCCAGUAUUACCAAGAGAGGAAACCUAUAAAAAUGACUUUACUUUCUUGCAUAUUUUUAGAAACUGCAUCAGGAAUGGAUAAUGGAUGACCAUCGAACAAUUAUUGACGUCCUACAAGAUUUGCCCUCAGUUCGUCCUCCUAUUGAUGUCUUGCUCGAGUUCCAGCCUCGAUUAAAUUGCAGAUAUUAUUCCAUUUCAUCUUCUUCGAAAGUAUGUGUUUAAUGUUUCUUGAGUACGUCAUAUAGACGUCAUCAACUAAUGCAUGUUUAUGCCCCCCCCCCUCUCAUCCCCAAUUCACAUUUUCAGACCCCGUUCACACGAUACCGGCAGAGUUUGAAAACGGAACGAAAUUCUUACGUUUAGGGGUUGCGUUCACACGAUGCCGGUUUGAAAAAAUGUGAAACCGUAACGCUAACCGUAAGAGUUUGGAAACGGUAUGCAAACCGUAAAAGUUUGAAAACGAAACGAAAUUCUACCGUCAGAGUGCCGUGUGAACGCCUAACCGUAAGAAUUCAUUACGGUUAUGCAAAAUGAAAUUAACAAAACUGCAAAAGGUGUUGUUGGAUAUUUUAUUCUGUCUAUUUUAACUGAUUUGUGCAACAUGUUGUCAAAGCGGAAUAUAAUCUGCCGGUAUCGUGUGAACAGUUGAAACCGUGAUGAUUUUCUGUCCUGCAGAAUUCCAUGCCGGGUCUAAGAUAACUCACAUGCCUACAGAACUAGAAGAUUGAGAUUUCUACAGGGGUCGAAAUUUAAAUUUUUUGGUACUAUACAGCCGGAAUAGUAGAUUUUUAUAUUUACUAUUCCGUCUGAAAAUCCACUAUUCCUUAAUGUACUGUUUCUGUUCAUGCAGGGUCCGCGCUAUAGUGUUCUGAUUUUCGUGAAAUCAUCCUUGAGACUCCUAAAGUGAACUGAAUAAUUGAAUAACAAAAAAUAAACAUGUACAGUGCAUUGCUCUGUAAAGUGAUGAACAAAUUAUUAAUAAAAAACAAAGUUCAAACUCUGAAAUGAACUUGCGAACUUUGUUGCGAAGUUCGCGCCCAAUUUCCGAACUUGGAAACGUAAUUGGCAAGUUCGCAUCGAACUUGGGAACCGCGCGUUGAAAAGUGACUUGAAAUCAACAAUAAUAUUGGUGCAAAGAAAUUAGAAAAUAUGCAAGUAUUGCAAGCGAACAAGAUAUUUGGUACCACAACCGAUAUUUGGUACCACAAUUUUUUCUACUAUACAAACGGAAUGCUGUGAUCAUGAAGUUUACUAUUCCGUCAGGCAUUUUAGUAUAUUCGGAAUAGCGGGAAUGUCGACCCCUGUUCUAUAACGUAAAUUUACAUAUGAUUAUGAUCAAAUGCGGUUUACAUCAAGUACUACAGCCCAGCAUCUCAAUCGUCUCAAUCUUCAUAGGUAGGCGGGUACUUUAGUCAAGCUUGCGGAAGCAACAACAACAUGUGCUGGCUUAACCUGCAACACCCGUUUUCCCUUGUGUGAGAAAACAUGAAUUUUUCUGCUUCUUUCAUUCCUCAGCCAGCGGGAUAUCACACUUGUCUCUAUUUCAGCUGCAUCGUCAUUCAAUUCAUGUCACCGCCGUUGUGGUGGAUUAUGAAACUCGGCUGAAUAGACGCAUGAAAGGAGUCGCUACGACAUGGCUCGCUAAAAAGCUACCAAACGGUACGAAAUGGCGAAUAUUUUAUUUCAUUGGGCCAUUCCAUUGAAUUAAUAUAGGCCACCCCCCCCCCCCCUUUAUUGAGGGAUUCCUUCAUAAUCCCCUGAGGAUAUAAAAAUUUUUGAAUCUCCUUGGUUGCAAUUUGUGGAAGUUACCCCAGAGGAUAUCUUACUAACCCCUUCAGGAUAUCGCUUUUUCCCUCUUGGAUCGAUAUCACUAAAACACCUAAUUUUUGCCAUUAUUUUAAAAAUCUCUCAAGCUACCUUCUAGGAAAAUUUAAGAUGAAGACCCCCUCCCCCCCCCCCCAUUGGAUAUCCAGACCCUUCAAUAAGGGGGGGGGGGUGCAUGUAUUAAAUGGAAUGACCCAUUGAUAAUAGGUAUCGGUGAAUUUCAGUCGAUGUUACCAGUGGAAGCCAGCUACAAUAAAUCACGUGAUAUAUUUAUUUUUCAGACGAUCUCGGACCAACUGUCCCUCUGUUUGUUCGUAAGACUCAGUUCCGACUUCCUUUCAAGUCAACCACCCCGGUCAUCAUGAUAGGGCCUGGCACUGGCUUCGCGCCAUUUCGUGGUUUUGUUCAAGAAAGACAUGCGAAGAAAAUGGAAGGUUCGAUACCCACAUUUU